GGAAUGAAAGUGGCGGUCUCCCCGGCAGUUGGUGCCGGGCCCUGGGGCUGGAGGGCUGGGGGCCGUGAGGGCGGCGGGGUAGUGCGGCUGCUCCUGAUCAUCUUUGGCUGCUUGGCCUGCGGCUCAGCCGGAAUCAAUGCAAGUGUGGUCAUGCUUCAGGAAUCUGAAGUUCAUAAUUUGAAUCAUAGGCAACAAUUCUGUUAUAAAAAUGUGCUUAUCCCAAAGUGGCAUGAUGUAUGGACACGGAUACAGAUCCGGGUAAACAGUUCCAAACUGGUACGAGUCACCCAGGUGGAGAAUGAAGAGAAACUGAAGGAGUUAGAGCAGUUUAGUAUCUGGAACUUUUUUUCCUCCUUUUUAAAAGAGAAAUUGAAUGACACCUAUGUAAACGUGGGUCUAUACAGCCCAAAAACCUGCCUCAAAGUUGAGAUUAUAGAGGAAGACACCCAGUACAAUGUCACUGUGACCCGGAGAUUUGACCCCAAACUCUUCUUCAUUUUCCUCCUUGGACUUAUGCUAUUUUUUUGUGGAGAUUUGCUGAGCAGAAGCCAGAUUUUCUACUAUUCCACUGGGAUGAGUGUGGGAAUUGCGGCCUCUCUACUAAUCGUCAUUUUCGUACUGUCCAAGUUCAUGCCCAAGAAAAGUCCCAUUUACGUCAUCCUGGUGGGAGGCUGGUCCUUUUCUCUGUACCUCAUUCAGCUAGUUUUAAAAAAUUUACAAGAGAUCUGGAGGUGUUACUGGCAGUAUCUUUUAAGCUAUGUCCUCACAGUCGGAUUCAUAAGUUUCGCAGUCUGUUACAAGUACGGACCCUUGGAGAAUGAGCGGAGCAUCAACCUGCUGACUUGGACCUUGCAGCUGAUGGGCCUAUUUUUCAUGUAUUCCGGUAUCCAGAUACCACAUAUUGCCCUUGCCAUUAUCAUCAUUGCACUGUGUACUAAGAACCUGGAGUACCCUAUUCAGUGGCUGUUCAUCACCUACAGAAAGAUGUGUAAGGCAGCAGAAAAGACUGUCCCCCCUCGUCUCCUGACAGAAGAAGAAUAUCGGAUACAAGGAGAAGUGGAGACGCGAAAGGCUUUAGAGGAGCUUCGAGAAUAUUGUAACAGUCCAGACUGCUCUGCUUGGAAGACUGUUUCUCGAAUCCAGUCUCCAAAGAGAUUUGCUGACUUUGUGGAAGGUUCUUCUCACCUCACACCAAAUGAGGUUUCUGUCCAUGAGCAGGAAUAUGGAUUAGGGAGCAUCAUUGCUGAGGAUGAAAUCUAUGAGGAGACAUCCACUGAGGAGGAGGACUCAGAUUUUCCGUAUCCUGCUAUCACACAACAGAUCACCUCCUGACUUAGGUGGUGGUUCGUUAUUUUUAUAUGGACUGGCUUGGCACCUCAGUGGUCCAUGUUGCAUGUGUGCACCAUUGCUUCUCAACUCCUUGAAACAGGGUGAGAUACUGCAAAACUUCUCCCACUGAAAUUAGAAGCCGAAGUAGGCCUCCCUCUGGAAAUGGUCUUGGUGGUCUCGUGGGAUCUCUGAGGGAGAAUGGGUAAAGCAGUGAAUGCUUUCAAUGCUUCCCAUGUUUAUGUUUCAAAAACAAAAAACCAGAUGACCACAGCUAGCACGGCAUUCUAGCUCCUCUUAAAGAUUGACUCGGUGGUGGUGUUUCUGCCACCACAGCUGGCACUCAAAAGUGAGAACUGUGUUACAUGUGUGGUAACUCUUUGUGGACCCUAGGCUGCGUCUUCCAGAGAGAAACCCACAAAUCUGAGCCUCCUUCACUUCUGCUUUUCUUUCAGUGACUUUAGAAUAAUCCUUGUUUUAGCUGUUUGAAGAGGAAUAUAGAUUUUUAUUUCUGUCUUGCUUUUGAAAUGAAUAUAUUUUUUUAAAUGUCACAAAUUCAUGUUCCAGAACCAGGGAGUACUCUGGAUCGACAAGCCCAUGGGUUCCUACGUGUUUGUUAGUAUGGGUCAGCCAUUAAAGCCCCAGAAUUGUUGUGUUGGGGUUUGAAUUAGUUCUCACACAUAGAUAUUCUAAGUCUUGCUUGUUUUUAGGAACAUGCCUGUGAACCUUCUGUAGGGGAGGUCUGUCAGGCUUUUAUUAUAUUCAAGUUUUAAUUCUAUCUUAAGAAGACAUUUGCAUUCUUUCCUUGCCAUUCCUCCAGCCCCCUUUGCCCUUCCAGGAAGUGUCUAUUUCCUCAGCUGUGAAGUAUGUACAAUUUAGAGUGCGUUUCAUUUCUUACAUUCUCUUCCCCUUCAUUUGUAGCAUUAUUCCUGCAAGUUGGGAGAAGUGAUCAUUUUUGAGAGAAUUUUUUAUGCAUCCUCCAUUUUUCCUGUCAGUGGGACACAUAUCUUUGAGUUGCUGUGGAAUCAAGAAACUCUCCUUUUUCUUUCUCUUCCUUUGUCUACCCAUUCUACCUGUUCUUUUCAGCCUCUCCUUACCACAUGUACUCCGCUCCCCUCACCAUAAUCUGGCUAAUUUGCAAGCCCUGAGACUGUCUGUGAAUUUUCCUUGAUAUAACAUAAAACUGUAGCUAUGUAGCGGUCACAAGUUGCACUGCCACGAAAUAGUCCUCCAGGUCACCUUCAUGCCUCCGGAUGUUCAUUCACCUCUCAGAGUCAGACACAGUUUUCCAUGAACUUAGUAUACUUACUUGCAGUUCCAUUUCUGACCAGAGAUUCAUGCUGCCUUUUAUUACAGUGGCAUUAGUUUCAGAUUCUUUUGCCAUUGGAAAUACCCUUAUAAACCAGCAAUGUCAUUUAUGAGGAAGCAAAUUCCCAAGUCUCUGUCAUUUGGUUGGUUCUGGCUCAGUGAUCUUCACCCCCGUACCUUGGAAGAGGCCAUAAUGACUCUAGCCAGGAAUAUGGGCACUGACGGCCGGAGCACAGCCACAGGUGCCCUGGUCCACUGGGAUCACUGAGAAGGCAGAUGAUUUAAAAAAAAAACUGUAAUGACUCCUUCAGGCUAGCCAUUUAGCAGAUAAUCUUGUCGGGCCCUGGGCUCAGUGCUGACUUCCAAAAUGUCAGCUCUGAGACUCCCGUCCAGGUGGCCAGUUGAUUAUUACCACCAGUGUUUUCCACAGCUUUACACUGUCCUAAAGUGACAACUACCUCAAUUGGCAGCAAAUCCACAUACAGUGGAAAGUGAAAGGGCAGGAUUUGGGCAGAUGCUGUGGGUUAAAGUUGCAGGGCAAAGGAGCUUUGUACUGAGAGACCUUAAUGCCUUUGUAAAUUAUGUACAUGGUAAAAUCUUAUCCCUCUGCAGAGAACUGUUAGGUCCUCUGGAAUAUACUAUUUUUUGCUCUAUAUUUAUAGAAAUCAGGAUCCAGCAUAUUUGAGCAGCUGUUAAUUUGAAAAAAUAAUUCAUCUGUACAAGUGGUCUCAGGAUUACCUGGAGACUUUGGUGCCUUCCCCCAGAGAGCUUGUUCCGGAGGCGGUGGCUUGCCUCCAGGGUGACUUUCCCUGCCCUGCCUCUUAUCUUUAUCUCAGUGAGAAAGUGCUAAGAAACAGGGAAAGAGUCCUCUUUUUCUGUUUUGUUCAACUACUCAUGAAAUCUCGUUUCCAUCUCCAGAUCACUUUUUGUCACUGACUUUGAACUUGGGGGGAGUAUAGUCAAACCCAAUUUAUUACUCUGUGUGUGUGUGUGUGUGUGUGUGUAGUCGGAGACCGGAGCUGCAGGCAGUGGAGGUGACCGUGGGUCCCGCAGCUUCACAGCUGCUCUGAGACUGGGAAGGACGAUGGUGCCUUUGGUGUGCUGUGUGUCCUUGCUCUGCCUGCCCGUGUGGCCUUGCCCCAGAUGCUUCAGUGCCUCCUUGUGCCCACAGAUUGCUUGACUCCAUAAGCUGCUCUUGUCCCCCUCUUGGCCACUUAGUCUGCUGGCUCUGUCACUACUUGAAGCCCCCACUUAAUUUUCUCUGGCAGUUACAGCUCUUGCAAUUCAGCAUAGUCUCGUCUCUCAGACUGAUCUCAUCCAAAAGGAUUGAGGGGAUAACCAUGGAGUGAACCGACACUGGAGCCACGUCUCCUGCCACGUCAGCGUCAGCGUCUUGCUUGCAAAUACCAAGCUGUAAAUUGGCCCCAGGGCUGAGGGUCUCUUCAGCAUCGGAAAUCUAUCACCCCUAAUUGAUCUGACCAAGUUAUGGAGAGCGCGACUGCCAUUAAUGGGAAUAUGAGAGCCAGCUGGCCUAAAACCUUUCCCUCUUCACUUUCCCACUCAGAUUGCUUUCAUGAGACCUGCAGAGCCAAUCACCAAAAAUAAGGACGAGUUUAGCAACUUGGAUGUCUUCUAAUAAGGAAGUCCUACCGGCACUUCAUCCCACCAAAACUAGUUUAUUUUCUCCCCCAGAUUCAUGACUUUUAUGUCUGUUACAAAGGGAGUUUUGCUGAUCACAGGCUUUGGGUUCCAGUGUUCUAUUUUGUGCAGAUACAUCCCAUCCGGGGCCUAGCCCUCUCUCCACCGACUGUGUUCCCUUCAGUCCAAUUCCCAACUGGCAUAUACGUUAGAGAUUUGAUGAAUGAAAGGACCCAAAUAGGCCAGAUAGUCCUCCCCGGCCCUGAUAGCCAUAAAAAGCUUGGAAAUGGAUUAUGCAAUUGCCCUCAAUCUUUUUGUUCCAGAAAAAAAGAUGGGCUCAGAUGGAUGCCUGCGUAAAAAUGGUUCUUAGCUGUGUACUCAUAACUUUUCUCUGAAUUGAGUAGUGAAAGUUGAAGUAGGAGGAAAGGAAAUUAAAUGUCCUUCUAGUAUUCCUUUGGACUCAGGUCUGACAUAUGAGAUAAUAACCUAUAUUGAAAUGCCAAGAACUUUAUCUCAACUGAGGAGAAGACAGUUUGACAGAUUUAUUAUGCCUUCAUGUUACAUAGGCACUGAAACCAAGUAAUAAACAUAUAAAAUAGCCAUUUGCACAAGGCAGAUGCACCUAAAACCUCCUGUUUAUGUUUUGAUGUAGCAGAAAUUGAUGAUUAUGUUUAAGGAAACCUAUGCAGUUAUGGUGAGCCAGUGGUAUCUCUUGGUAACGUAGCUUAUGGCCCCAGUUGCUGUUGAGUUAGAUUCUAGGUGGUUACUACCUUGAAAAGGGUGUUUGGUGCCUUAUGUGAUGGGAGCCAGAGCCUGCUAGGAAUAGACAAAGCAGUUUCAUGUCCACGUCAACACUCAGCUUUAGUGGGGGGUGGGAAUGGCACACAGCCUCCCCCACAUUUGGGACUUCGGGCUCCCAUAUUCCCUGCCUGCGUGUGUCAUCUUCCUCUUCACACUCUUGACAGUAACUUGAAAAUGGUGAAAUCAUCUUCUGUGAACUCUCCUACAGUAUGGGCAACAUUCGUGUCAUGUUAGCAUACUAGAUAGCUCGUAGUGUGAGUGUUAGAACUGUUAGAGCCUGCCAUGGUCUCUGUUUCCCAUGUUUGCGGACUUGGUGGUAAAAUAGCAGGGCUAAGGAAUUCCUAGGUAAGUUUUAACCUGUGGGUAAUGCCUUAGUGUUGUUUUAAAAGAUUUGCCAUUUAUAUUUAAAAUAAAUGUUCAUGAAUGUUUGAAAAGAACAAAACGAUCAGGGAUGGCUCUUUGCCAUGGGUCUCAUUUUCACUCUUUUCUGUAAGAAAAAAUAACAAUGUCUUAUUAUAUAUUUUUCAUUUUUAUUGUACAAGUUUGUAAGUAAUGCCAAUUUUAAUAAAGUUUU